UUUUUAUUUUGAAAUUUAUCCAAUAAUUAUCAUUUUUUAUUUAGCAGAAAAUUGGCGUUCAUUUGCUGCAGCUCAUGAAAUUCCUGAAGACGAAGCUCAUAUUUAUAUGAGUGCCGCUACAGCAACUGAAACUCCAGAAAAACAUCGAGAAAGGAUAAAUUUUACAAAUCAAACAUUUCUCAGGCCGUGGCUGUUCAAAAUUAUUGAAUCGGACAGCAAUUCAAGUAUUUCGUCGGUGUUAUCAUAUUUUUCGUGUUUCUAGCUUUGAUGGUGAAGAUUUGAGGUUUGAAAAUUAUUUGGUUUUAAAUUAUUGUAAAUUUUAUUAUUUUUAUUUUUCGUUCACGAUUGUACUA